AUGCCGACUUCCGCUGGAACUGCAUGGGUUUCUUGGAGAAAGUUAGACAGGUUUGUUUCCACAUGUCUUAAAGCAACAUUUACUGAAAUUAUUAGUGGUGAUGUUCUUGGUCUUGGCACUUCAAAAGAGAUAAGGGAUUUCUUGCAUACUAGCUUCAGAACUCAGUAUCUUGCUAGGAAAAACAUUUUAAGAACUCAAUUACAUGGAAUUAUAAAGGGUAAUCAAUCAGUUGUAGUAUAUCUUCAAAAGAUAAAGUCAAUUGAUGAUUCUUCGGCUGCAAUUGGAGAAAAGGUUAAUGAUGCAGACUUAAUGAUGUUUGUCAUGAAUGGUUUAGGUCCUGAAUAUGAUGUGUUUGUUAUAUCCUCACAGAACAGAGAAACACCAUAUAGUUUUGGUGAACUAAAAGCAAAACUCUUGUCCCAUGAACAGUUUUUGAGUGAAAGACAACAUCAUCAUACUACUGUGUAUGAUGCACAAAAUGUUACUGCUAAACAUUCAAGAAAUAAUUCAAAUGGUCAUAACAGAAGAAAUGGUAAUGGAAAUGAUGGAAACUAUAGGCCUAGUCAGUAUCAACAUGGUUCUAGUUAA